CCUAUUAAGUGAUAUCGGAGACGUCAAGAUAAGGAUACUGUGAUACCACAAUCUUAGGUGGACUUAAAAAUGAAAAAGUUGCUAAUAAUCAUAGCAUUAUGUCUGGUGGACGUCUGUUUGUCUGAUGAAGAGACUUUUGUUAUACCAAAAGAAGUGUACGAUAAAGCUUUUUUAAGAUACGAAGCGGAACAUGACAUAGUUGACAUUAUUGUACCUUUAAAUGCUAUAAAUUUUGGAAAUUCUGACAGCAAGAGUGAUCCGGAUAAUAGUCUCAAAGACGUGACCGUUUUCUUUGUGGAGGCCGACGUCAAAGAUGGCAAAUACGAUUAUAAAGGGCUAUACAGAUUUAAGAACAAUGAAACAAAAAUGAUCCUUCCAACAGGCAGAACUGCAGCUUCUUCCACAAAUGAUAAUAAAUUAGUAUUUUUCGGUGCGAGCGAUGGGUUGUAUGUUUACAAUGUUGAAAAAGACUCCGCAGAAAAAUACGGACCAAUAACAGACGGCAUUGUAAGUAUUGUAACUGAUGAAACUGGAAAAACGAUUCACUUUAUAAGCGAUGAUCACAAGCUGUACAAAGUCACAAAUAACGGCGAGAAAAAAGAAGCUGUUAAGGAAAUAGAAGACGCUGUAAACAUGGUGGUGGAUGAUGAAGGAGUGAUCUAUUAUUACAACUCUAAAAACGAAAUAUUCAUAAAAACUGGUGAUGGACUCGUACGAGCUCAGAACCUCCCGGAAAACCCCAAGUCGGUUAGGCUCAUUCGACCACCGUUCUUUUUGUCUGAUUCUGUUGCCCUUGUAUGCGAUAAUUCGGUUUAUAUGCUCCACGUGAAUGGAACAAGUGAGAAGUAUUUUUUGGAUUUCAGCUCGGAAUCGAUGCCGACAGCUUUUGGCUUAGAAGGAGUUUUCGCGGUUUACUACGGUCACGAUAAGAAAUUAUACGAAUUUUAUUUGUUGGGAAUUAAAAACAAUCACGACUUUGACAGAAUUAGGGCCAUAACUGAUAAAAUUACCGAGAAAGCGGAAAACCGUAAGCACACUUUGGGUUCAAAAAAAGACUAAGAAAGAGAAAUUUUACACUUUUACUAAAUCUUUAUUAAUGACAAUAAACGAUUUUAUAUGAAUUUAUUUGCUUUAAUAAAUACAUUUAGUUUUGUACUAAUAUUGUUA